AUGACGGAGAGCUCGCAGUAACAGUGACGUCAAAGCUGGACAAUUUCCGGUUCGUUCCGGCUUCCUACUGCCUGUGUCAUAUGACUGUGUGACUAAAAGCUGCUUUCCAGAGCCUUGGCAGCGUCUUCUUCGCAAACCUCGUUUAUUUUGUAGCAUUUAGCAAUGGCGACGCUCCUACAGAGUCGAGCAGUGGACCUGAAUGGACCCGAAGCUGCAGCCAGGAUGCACACACAGGCUGUGACGAGAAACUACAUCUCGCAGCCGAGGCUAACGUAUUCCACAGUCUCAGGCGUAAAUGGACCCCUGGUGAUUCUGGAUAAUGUCAAGUUCCCCAGGUAUGCGGAGAUUGUGCACCUGACCCUCCCCGAUGGCACCAAGCGAAGCGGCCAGGUGCUGGAGGUGAUCGGCAGCAAGGCGGUUGUACAGGUGUUUGAGGGAACCUCAGGGAUUGACGCAAAGAAAACAGCCUGUGAGUUCACAGGGGACAUCCUGCGUACACCUGUGUCUGAGGACAUGUUGGGCCGUGUUUUUAAUGGUUCUGGAAAGCCAAUUGACAGAGGCCCCAUUGUUCUGGCUGAGGAUUAUCUGGACAUUAUGGGUCAGCCAAUCAACCCGCAGUGCCGUAUUUACCCAGAGGAGAUGAUCCAGACAGGAAUCUCGGCCAUCGAUGGCAUGAACAGCAUUGCCCGUGGACAGAAGAUUCCAAUUUUCUCGGCUGCUGGUUUGCCCCACAAUGAGAUUGCGGCACAGAUCUGUCGCCAGGCUGGACUUGUUCAGAAGUCCAAGGACGUGAUGGACUACAAUGCAGAAAACUUUGCCAUCGUCUUUGCAGCUAUGGGGGUGAACAUGGAGACUGCCCGCUUCUUUAAGUCUGACUUUGAAGAGAAUGGCUCUAUGGACAAUGUUUGCCUUUUCCUGAACCUUGCCAACGAUCCUACCAUUGAACGCAUCAUCACCCCACGACUGGCACUCACCACUGCUGAAUACCUGGCCUACCAGUGUGAGAAGCAUGUGCUGGUCAUCCUUACUGAUAUGAGCUCUUAUGCUGAGGCCCUUCGAGAGGUGUCUGCUGCCAGGGAAGAAGUCCCUGGGCGUCGAGGCUUCCCAGGAUACAUGUACACUGACCUGGCCACCAUCUACGAGCGCGCUGGUCGGAUAGAAGGGAGGAAUGGCUCCAUCACGCAGAUCCCCAUCCUCACCAUGCCCAAUGAUGAUAUCACCCACCCCAUCCCUGACUUGACAGGGUACAUCACUGAGGGCCAGGUCUAUGUUGAUAGACAGCUACACAACAGACAGAUCUACCCUCCAAUAAACGUCUUGCCUUCUCUUUCUCGACUUAUGAAGUCAGCCAUUGGAGAAGGAAUGACUCGUAAAGACCAUGCUGAUGUCUCUAACCAGCUGUAUGCUUGCUAUGCCAUUGGCAAGGAUGUCCAAGCCAUGAAGGCUGUGGUGGGAGAGGAAGCCUUAACCUCAGAUGAUCUGCUCUACCUAGAGUUUCUACAGAAAUUUGAAAAGAACUUCAUUGCUCAGGGUCCGUAUGACAACAGAACCGUGUAUGAGACCUUGGAUAUCGGAUGGCAGCUGCUCCGAAUUUUCCCCAAGGAGAUGCUGAAGAGGAUCCCGCAGAGUACGCUGGCUGAAUUCUACCCAAGGGAGUCAGCAGCCCGCCACUGAGGACCAGACCCUGCAUCACUCUCCCAGGGAACAGAGCAAUAAUUUGUGCAAGUUUACCCUGUAGCUGUGCAGUUCAGUGUCUUGUGUGGGUAGCAAUACUUGUUACAUUCCAAGCUGUAAACCUGACUUGAAACCCAUAGGAUGAUCAAGAUAUUUACAGAGGUGUUGAAAUGUCUGUGUGGUAUGUUGACUUGCCCUGUUCCUAGUGAAAGAUUGUCUCAAAGGGAAUUUACACAUUAUCUCAUGUCUACUGUGGUUGUUUUUUGCAACUUUUUUGUAUGCAAAAAUGUUUUGUUUUUCAACCUAAACCAUUUCCCCCUGCAAUUUAAUAAUGUAUUAAUGUACAAAUAUUUGCUGUCCAUUGAACAGCCCAUAAUUCAUAAUUUCAAUAUUUGUUUUAUGUAAAGCAUUGGGGGGGGGAAACAG